AUGCUCGCCCUCUCCGAAGAGUCCAAGGUUCGUCGCGGUCCAUCCCUCCGCACUAUUCGGCUUGGUGCUGACAGCAAGCAGGAGCGCAUCAGCAAGCUCAUCGAGAUCUCGCGUGUUGUCAUUCAUUAUGGCUAUCUCCCUAUGAUUCUCUAUCUCGGAUACACUCGCAGCGAGCCUAAGCCCUCGAUUAUCCGUCUCCUCUCUCCCCUCUCUUGA